AUGACACGCUUGGGCGGUGUGGACUUCUCAUCGGGUAUGGAUAUGUCUUGUGUCUGUGGUUUCGGAGGAGGCGAGGCGAUGGGCAGCGGCGGAGAGGCACAGGAUGCAUCCGACGAGGAACCAGAUCGCGAUCUUCUUACUACGCUGUCGCGGGUGGACUGA